AGCUAUUAAAUUCACUCAGAUCGGCAAUCAGUGCAAUUGGGAUCCCAUUCAUUCUGACACAUUUACAUUUUGGUGGACUGUUUUGGAAGCCAUUUGUCCACUUCGGCUUUUGGUGAUCAUUCACGGUCCUUUUGAAUUUACGCCGUCAUUAUUUUGAUACUAUUAUGGACAAACCGGACGCACACUUAGUAAUUCUUAUGUUCCGGCGCUUACAUUUUUGAAGAUUGACUUCAAUUACGACCCAAAGCAAUAUGACCCUUCUAAUCCAUUGGUCGUCCUCGGCCGCACUCCCAAGCAUAAGGGAGAGAGAAAUCUCAAACGCAAGGAGAGUGUACAAUGCAAAAUCUUGUCAAAAAAGAAACGGAAAGAGUUGGAACGGAAACUAGCACAAAAGGAGAAGAAAUUAACGGUUCUGGCAUACAUUUACUUACCUAUUAUCUAGAGGUUAGAGCUCUGGCAGGAGCUUGCAAGUUUGAGUUCAAAGCUGACCUCUGAACCAAAGAUCUCUGUUCUACCGAUAUUCCAUCGCACGAGAAAACAACCGAAGCUAAGGACAAGCUCCUCUCAGCAUCCUGUCAAAGGAAAGGCAUGGAAGAACGUCAGCCCUGAGCAUUCAGAUGUCUCCAAGAGCACGGACGAGUACAGUACCGACGAGGACGAUCUUCGGUCCAGUGAGGCUCCUAUAGGGCAACAACAGCAGUCUGUUACUACCGAGGGUCCUGCUGAUCUACCAGGCCCUGUGAAUGUCUGCGAAACGUUAGCUCCUGAUGUAUCGAAACCGUAAUACACUUUAAAUUAAUCAAAUUUUUGCAGCUUAGCUUCAAACCCUGCUCGAUUUGUCUUGGUUUCGAGGACACCUGAAACCAUUGCCGCUCGCCUUACUCUCCCCAUUAUUUCUGAAGAAGCCACUAUAAUUGAAGCAAUAACCGAAAACGAUUGCAUCAUCUUGUGUGGUGCUACCGGAUGUGGGAAGACAACACAAGUUCCACAAUUUUUAUAUGAGGCAGGUUACACGGCGAAUGGCUUCAUGAUAGGAGUGACGGAACCACGCAGAGUCGCCGCCAUAUCAAUGUCCAAACGCGUGGGUGAAGAAUUGAAUCUACCUUCCAGCCGGGUUUCCUAUCAUAUCCGUUACGAAAAUAAUGUGACCCAAGAAACGGAAAUUAAAUUUAUGACCGAUGGAGUGCUUUUGCAAGAAAUAAAGCAGGAUUUUGAGUUAUCUAGAUACUCCGUCAUCAUCAUAGAUGAAGCACAUGAGCGCUCCAUCUACACCGACGUUCUGUUGGGUCUGAUCUCGAUGAUCAUACGUCUUCGUCGGAAGCGAUACACUGAAGGACAGCAAAUACGAGGCAGUGUUUUGCCACCUCUCAAGCUUAUUAUCAUGUCGGCUACACUAAGAGUGACGGAUUUCUCAGAAAACCACCGGUUGUUCCCUAGAGCCUCUUCUGGUCCACCUCCUGUCAUUCAUGUGGAAUCAAGACAGUUUCCGGUCACUUGCCAUUUUGCCAAGGUCACACACGAUAACUACUUGAGAGCCGCCUUUCGCAAGGUAGUUCAACUACAUCAAUCAAAUCCACCUGGUGGUAUCCUCGUCUUUCUUACUGGUCAGCAAGAAGUUCUAACGCUUUGCAGUUGGCUAUCCAAAGCCUUUCCGUAUGUAAAGCGGGAUGGGGAUCCUAACCCUCAUGAACAAAGAAGACGGCGUAAGAAAAGUGACCGAGGAGACGCGAAUGAUUUUUGCGCCGCACACGAUUCAGCUGAGAAAACGCGCAUCGCCGAACCACUUAUGCCCACAUCACCAGCUGACUUACCUACUUCUCACAUCAACUUAGAUAACUUUGAAAUCAUCCCUCUGGACGAGGAAGUCGAAUUGGGCAAUCCUCAUGAACAACAAACCCGCAAGAACCAGACGAGUGUGAAGCAGUCUCUUUCACAGUCUGACGAUGAGAUGGAUGAACUCGAUGAUGACGAGGAAGCACUCGAGGAGGUUCCAAUCCAUGCGGUGCCUUUAUACUCUUUGCUUCCACCGGAACGCCAACAAUUGGUAUUUGAACCGCCACCGGAGGGCCACCGUUUGGUCGUUGUAUCGACUAACAUUGCGGAGACGUCACUGACUAUCCCAAACAUUCGAUACGUCGUUGAUACUGGCAAGGUUAAAACUAAGGUUUACGACGCGGCCACCGGUGCGUCCACCUUUCAAAUCGUCUGGAUCAGCCAGGCCUCCGCGGAACAGCGCUCCGGUCGAGCCGGGCGUGUCGCACCAGGCCAUUGCUAUCGUCUGUACAGCUCACAGGUCUUCUCAAGUAUGGACCGGUUCACUGUACCAGAACUGCUAACGAAGCCAAUUGACGAAGUUGUACUCAUGUUGAAAUCAUAUCUGGGGAGCACUCCUCUGUCUCGAUUUCCGCUGCCUACUCCCCCCUCAUUCCCAGCGAUAGAAUAUGCUGAACGUCGGCUUGUCGCUUUGGGUGCCUUGGAAGAGUUAUCUGGGGACGCUAGUGGUGACACAUUCCGCACCAUCACACGUGCCGGACGUUGGAUGUCACAUCUUCCUCUGCCAACCAGAUUUGCGCGGAUGUUGUUGUUCGCUAAUCAACAGCAGUUGAUGCCAUACGCCGUUAUUUUGGUGGCCGCACUCUCGGUUCCAAAUUUGUUCCUGCCUCGAGGCACCACUGAGUCAGACCCAUCUACCGGCGCAGAGCUAUUCGCUGGGCGGGAUUUGGGUACCUCCGCGGUGGGCGAUUAUCAUUCCAAAUUCGUGCAGCAGUUUGUUGGAAAGCGAGGUGACCUGUACUUAGGCGAUCUUGCGGUGCUUUUGGGCACUGUAUGUUGCCUGGAGCGAUACAACGCCCAGCUGCUCGGAUUGACUCCACCUGAACCCAGGGUGUUGGAGGCCUGUGGUGGCGCUAAACAGGUUUCUCGUGAUCCUGAUGGCGCGCUUCGAUUUCUGGUGAAACGAUGUGGUGUCCGAUGGAACGCCUACAAAGAAAUUCGUCAGUUACGUCGACAACUGACGGAUAUACUGAACUCCAAUAUCCCUGAUCUUGGUUUAUCCUUGGACUUGGUCCUACCUCGCCCCACAACACUGCAAUUCAGCCAACUUCGGCAACUCUUUCUUGUCGGGUCUCCUUGUCACGUUGCCAGCAAGUUUGGUGCUCCAGUCGAAGGAGUACCGGCAAAGGAUAGACGCCGGCUUCGAUUCGCUUACAAGGUACCGGGAGUUAGGGAUCCCGUGUUCAUUGAUCCAACUUCCCCUCUGGCACGCGAAAAUUGCCCCUUUGUCGCGUUUUUAGAACUGAGUCGAAUUACAAAACCUUUUUUGCGAACGGUCUGCGCGAUUGACCCCAGUUGGAUUCCCUUCUUGACUCCGCAAAACUACAGGGUCGAAAGCGUUGUCCUCACUGAUGAGGCAAAAAGCGUACAAAAAUCUCCUGAUGUUCAUAAACCCGAAAGUAGCGCCGAUCGCAAUUCGGACACAGAUGACGCACCUAUGUCUUGUUCCACAAAGCCAGGUUCUUCAUCUCAAAUCACGCCGUCACCACACUACGACUCACAUCAAGAUAUCGUUGUAACCGGCGCGAAGCGUGUGUUCUACACUAGUAUGUGCAGUUCCGCUCCAGACGAUGAUAAGGGUGAAUUGGAGCUGCCGGCUUUUUCCGUUGUGUUCCCCAUCCACAGCCGAGCUGUUGCUCGUGUAAUUGGAUCGGAAGAGGCCCUUAUGUGGAGUGUUCGUUGGUUCGCACGAUCGCUUAUCGAUGGAUUGGUGUUCACUGAAUUCUCCAGUUGGUUUCCUAAACGAAUGAAAAGAACGCUUUCCUCCUCCCUUUUGACCGUUUCCUGGGGCAUAGUACGAAACGAGGUUCGCAGGUUAGUUUCUACCUUGUUGGCUCAUAAAAUUGACAAUCGGCGGUUACUGAGUACGCAAUGGAAAUUGGACCCCCUAUAUCUGUCCAAAGAGCUAGCUAUUUGGAUCCAAUCCGAGCAUGUCGACAACUUUAACAGCAAUUGGCCAUUGGUGAAAGACAUCGGUUGUUGCUAACUGUCGUCGCGGCUUUCUCUUCUCGUCCGUCGUGAGGUAUCCUUCAGCAACUUAUCUAUUCACACAACUUCCUGUCUCUACCAAGAAGUAACAAUUAAUCGCUUGUGCUGUAACAAUUUAUGACCUGUUUUAUCAUAAGUUCCCUCCCACUACCACCGUAUCUUGCCCCUUGUACAGAUCUUUGAUUUAACGGAGCAAGCUUAUACCCGGCACCACUGCAUUAAGGCAACUUACUCGCUGAACUCAAAGUCGCGUUGCUUUGGUUACAGUUUGAGCGCCAAUCAGCAGGCUUCUGGAUACUCGACUUCAAUAGAACUGAAACUUUUCCAUUGCGCUCCAUCGUACUGUUCAUGUCGAUCCGAUUCAUCUUGCAUUCGACUGGAUAUACUCUUGUUAUCUGCUGAAAAAACAUGCUCCAUCCGUUUUCCAUCCAUUGUUUUCGCAGUAUGUCUACUUGAUGGCCAAAUACAUUUUUACAUCUGGG